AUGGGUUAUACAAAGGCAGAUGGAUCUCCGGAUUUGUCUUUAAGUUCUAUCUUGCUGUACUUCAAGACUAGAGUAUCAACUCUUUUUGAUAUUCCUGCGAAAAAGUAUGAGGUAUCUGUCUGGGAUAAAGUGAAUCCUAUACCCGGACUCAAGCUCAUGACCGCAUCUGACUGGAACUACUUUGGUUUAGGGUUUUUUGCUUGGACUAUUGAUUCCAUGGAUUUCUUUUGUGUUUCUGCUUCUGCUUCAGAAAUCGCAGCCACGCUUGGUGUUAGCAUCACCGAUAUUACUUGGGGAGUAACCUUAGUGCUCAUGUUAAGAUCAGUAGGCGCUUUUAUAUUUGGACUCGCUGCUGAUUACUAUGGUAGAAAGUGGCCCUAUAUCUUUGUUGCAUUUCUUUUUUUGGUGAUUGAAAUUGCAACUGGAUUCGUGAGAAACUAUCAAGAGUUCCUAGGCGUGAGAGCCUUAUUUGGUGUUGCAAUGGGCGGUAUGUAUGGUAUAGCUGCUGCAACGGCUCUUGAGGACCAGCCUGAAGAAGCAAGGUCAAUUCUUUCUGGCUUGUUUUUACCUGGAUAUAAUCUUGGUUACAUAUUUGCUGUUGUAUUCUUUAGAGCCUUUGAAAAUACCUACAAGGGCACUGAAGGUUGGAGAGCAUUAUUCUGGUUCUCUUCUGGGCUUCCGCUUAUUUUAAUCGUGUGGCGUGUUUUCUUCCCGGAGACAAAUGCUUUUUUAAAAUUGAAAGAGAAGCGUCGCCAAGAAGGUAGCACUGUUAGCAAGUGGAAGCAGUUCAAAACAAGCGUGUCGGCUCUUUUUAAAACAGAAUGGCUCAUGUUUAUUUAUUUGGUUUUAUUAAUGUCUGGCUUCAACUUUAUGUCUCAUGGAGUUAUGGAUUUAUAUCCAACAAUGCUUGUCCAGCAACACGAUGUAGGGCCAGAUAGAAAAACGGUCAUAAUGGUUGUGGUGAAUAUAGGCGCAAUUAUAGGGGGAUUAUUUUUUGGACAAUUGACUGAGUUUCUCGGCAGAAGAUUGACAGUAAUAAUUUGUUGUAUCUGGAGCUGUGCAUUUCUUUAUCCUGCUUUCUUCGUUAAUGACUUGAAUACCUUAACGGCAGGAUUCUUUUUUCUUUUGUUCGCAACUAUGGGAGCUUGGGGAGUGGCACCCUUACAUUUAUUAGAAUUGGUCAAUGAUAAUCAGAGAGUGUUUCUUAGUGGUUUAGUCUAUCAAUUGGGAAAUCUAGCAAGCUCAGCUUCGUCUACUAUUGAAUCGCAACUUGCGGACUUGUUUCCUAUAACAGUCAACGGUGUAGAGACCUACGACUAUGGUAGAGUCAUGGGUAUUUUCAGCGGUGCAGCUUAUGCGUAUUUAGCGGUUGUCAUUUUCCUUGGUCCAGAAAGAUUCCACAAGGACGUUAACCUUAAUGUAGGAAGGUCAGAUGAUAUUGAAUGGGACGUUGAAUGUGAAAAAUGGAGCAUUGAGCAGAAAGAAGUGGCGGAGAAGUCAGUUUAA